AGACAUAAAGGUUAGCGAGGUUAGAGAGAGCUGCUAUCAGUCUGGGUAAGUAAAGCGGAAAAUCAGAACGCUGGCUUGCCAAAGCUCAGUCUCCCAAACGGACAUUUGAACAGCAAGAACCAAAUAUCAAAUGAGAAGCUGGACAGCUGCCUUACCUGUGUGCCCAGUCUAGAGGAUUCACAGUGAAGACCAAAGGGCUCGCCUGCAGUGAAAAAUUGAAGGCGCAUGAGAAAGAGAGAGAGGGGAGAGGAGGCACUUGGGAGCAGAACAAAAAGUAGAAGUGGAGAGGAGCCGCGAUGGAGAACCUGCCUGUCUACCACGGACCCAUUGGCAAGGAGGAGGGGGAGAGGCGGCUGGCCCAGGACGGGCGGGACGGGUGCUACCUAGUCCGCAACAGUGACUCCGUGCCGGACGUCUACUGCCUGUGUGUGCUGUACAGCGGCUUCGUCUACACAUACAGACUCCACAAGGACGACACGGGCUCGUGGGCUGCUGAAACCACUCCUGGUGUGCAGAAACGAUAUUUCCGGCAAAUCAGGAACUUGAUAGCAGCUUUCCAGAAGCCGGGACAAGGAAUUGCCAUGCCUCUGCUCUACCCUGUCACAGCUCAGACACGGGCACAAGCACACACGCAAGCAGAGGCGCCUGGUAAUAGCCUGCCGCCAACACACAGAAGCCAAAACGCCUACCUACAUCAGCCGCUGCCUCAAGCUGCUAAGGGACACAAAAACAGGAACAAGGAGGUGCGGCAAGCUUUUGGUUAGGGGUAAACCCUGAGCUCACCAUUGACCUGAUUAUAAACAAGAAAACUCUUUGCAUGAUGUGCCGACUGUUGCAUUUUCCAGGCUGUGCAUGAAGUAAUUGUCUUUUUUUUUUCCUUCUUCUUCCAAUUAAUCAGCUCCUGUUAGUUAAAUUUAGUCAUUUAGGCUCUAGCUGUGACUCAGAUCUCAGCUUCCUUCCAGCAUCUCUCUUCUUUCCCCCCCAAUGCAUAUGCGGCACAGAAAGAGCCUCAUAGCUUUCAGGGGUGUGAUGUGAAAUAUUCAAGUGCUGAAGCAUUAAUAUCCAUCACUGCAUAUGUAAGCUGACAACAAAUACUGUGCUGUUUUCUUAAUGCAAUUCAGUUGUGUGAAUGGCAAAGAAAAUAAAUGAUAUUGGUUUGAAA